AUGGUCCCAUUGACUCGUUUCCGUGCCGAUGACAAACACGUCCAGCUACCAAUGGCAACCAAGUACUACUGCCAGCGCGCCUCUACCCCCGGAACCCUAAUCAUCGCGGAAUCAUCGUUGAUUUCUCCGAGCCAUGGCAGAGUUCCCAACGCCCCCGGAAUGUGGAACGAUGAACAGGUCGAGGGAUGGAAGAAGGUAGUCGACGCAGUCCAUGCUCGAUGCUGCUAUAUCUUCUGUCAACUACUUGCUCCCGACCGUGCUGCCGAUGUCACUACAUUGCAGAAAGAGGCCGGUCAUGGACUUCUAUCCUCCAGUCAUGUUCCGCUGUCCGAUGCUGCAGCAGUCCCGGGGGCCAUGACGGCGAGCCAAAUUCAGUCUGCUGUUGCGGAUUAUACCAAGGCUGCUCAGAACGCUAUCCGUGCAGGCUUUGAUGGCGUCGAAAUCCAUGGCGGCAACGGAACCGACGAAUAUGGCGGAAGCCUUGAGAACCGCGCACGAUUUGCUAUCGAGGCCGCCACUUCAAUCGCAAACACCAUUGGACUGGAGAAACUUGGCUACCGCAUUAGCCCCUGGAGCAGCUUCCAGGUUGCGCGGUGCGCCGGGCUUCUGCGAUAUCUCCAUGUCAUUGAGUCACAGGUGAUAGACAACGUGGACAUCAAGAAGACAGAGGGUAUUGAACUCACCUUGGAUAUCUGGGGCAAGUGUUCUCCAGUCUUGGUCGCUGGUGGAUAUACUCCAGAGAAUGCCAAUUAUGCCGUUGACAAGGACUAUGUUAAUAAUGAAGUCACUGUCAUGUUUGGUAGACACUUCUUGGCUAAUCCUGAUCUGCCGUUCUGCAUUCAACACGGCAUUCCAUUGACUAAGUAUGACAGGACUAGCUUCUAUACCUUGAAGAUGACCAUUGGGUACAUGGACUAUCCUUUCAGCCCUGAGUUUCUGGCAAAGCACAAUAAUUAG